CGCACUUCCGUAGCGGUGUGGUCUCUGCGGUCUCUUGGGCAGCCUGGAUGGGGGCUGUUAAACAGCUGGUUUGGGUGAAAGGCUUGCGCAGAGCGGAGUUCUAAGUAAACGAAAGUGAAAGUACGCUUUGGGUUCGUAUAAUUUUAGGGAUGUUAGUGGGCGUUCUUUACCAUAGAGCUCGAUAAGAACGUUGCAAAGCUGCCGGCUGUUUAUCCGUCUGUCGGAGGAAGCUGAAAGUGAUAUUCUGCCAUUCCUGUAGAAAGACUGUGCAGGAAACACGCAAGUUGUGGUGUAAACUCUUCCACGCAGUUGGUCCAGGACAGAAACAGCCACACCGACAGUCCGGCUGCAAGCAAGCACAGAGCAGCCGGCAUCUGAGCUGGGCGAGCAGGAAGGUUGUACAGCAUCCAGUAGUACUGCCAGUGGCCUUUGGGUGUUUUUUUGUGCCUGACACAGCCCUUCCACCUUUCACCCGCUCCAAGGGCAUCCUCGUGAGCAUCUCCCCAAAAUGAAUCGCUGCUCUGACCGUGCAGUGUCAGUCCUGACGCUUUGUCUGCUCUGCACUUCGCUUCUGCCUUCGCUGACCGGUAGGUCACCUGAAGCUCUGAGAACCCCGCUCUCCCUGCCCGAGCCUUUAGGGCCGCCCAGGCUCCUUGGGAGUCGGGUGUGUUUGUUCCUGGAUGCAGCGGGCAGGCAGCUCUCUUGCUCUCGGCCGUGCAGGCUGGAGAAGACAGCGGUGUUUUACGUGCUGAAGCUAUAACCAUGGAGAACCUGCCUAAUGCCAACAGCAGAUUUGCACUUGAUCUGUUCAGAAGGUUUAGUGAGGCCAACCCAACAGGAAAUGUUUUCUUCUCUCCUGUCAGUGUCUCUGCUGCUCUGGCCAUGGUGCUUUUGGGGGCCAAAGGUAAUACAGAGGCCCAGGUGCUGAAGACACUUCAUUUUGACAAAGUUGAAGACAUUCAUUCAAGAUUUCAGACUCUGACAAUGGAUAUAAACAGAAGCAAUGCUCCCUAUCUCUUACGACUUGCCAGUCGGCUUUUUGGAGAGAAGUCCUACAGCUUUUUGCCGGAUUUCCUGACUAAUACACGAAAAUUAUAUGGAGCUGAUUUGGCUACAGUUGACUUUCUUCAGGCUUGUGAUGAAGCCAGGAAAGAAAUUAACCAGUGGGUUGAGCAGAAAACUGAAGGUAAAAUCCCUGAUCUGCUGUCUGAGGGCUCAGUUGAUAACUCGACCAGGCUUGUGCUGGUGAACGCUAUUUAUUUCAAAGGGAACUGGGCAGAGAAAUUUAAAGAAGCUGACACCACUGACAUGCCGUUUCAGUUAAGUAAGAAAGAAAGAAAGACAGUGAAAAUGAUGUAUCAGAAAAAUAAAUUUAAUUUUGGGUACAUUCCUGAAGAGAAGGUCCGUGUUUUAGAGCUGCCUUACGAUGGAAGAGAACUUAGUAUGAUCAUCCUGUUACCUGAUGACAUUGAAGAUGACUCUACUGGGCUGCAGAAGCUGGAAAAGCAGCUUACCUUAGAGAAGCUCCAGGAAUGGACACGUCCAGAACAUUUAUAUUCCACUGAUGUUAAUGUGCAUUUGCCAAAGUUUAAGCUGGAAGAAAGCUAUGAUCUUAAAUCAGAUUUAGCUGCUAUGGGCUUGUUGGAUGUAUUUGACAGUGGUAAGGCUGACUUGUCGGGAAUGUCAGGGGCACGUGACCUCUUUCUCUCUGAAGUUGUCCACAAAGCUUUUGUAGAAGUGAAUGAGGAAGGCACGGAAGCUGCAGCUGCCACUGCUGGCAUUGCUAUGCUCUGCAUGGUUAUAGAAGAGGAUUUCAAUGCUAACCAUCCUUUCCUCUUCUUUAUUCGCCACAACCCAACACAAACCAUACUUUUCUUUGGCAGAUAUGCUUCUCCAUAAAAGAGAACUUAGCAUUUGCAGACCAGCUCGUGCCAUUGUUAAUGAAAACUUUGCUCCUGAAUGAGUUGGAUUUUGAUGUAGGAAGUUAAUGCUCCUGUCUUGAGUUCCAAGGAACUUUCACCGAGAUUCUGCCUUUCCCAUUAAAAACAAUUCCAGAGAAAUAUAGGAGUGUAAUUUAUUUUUCUUUCUUGAGAUUGACAUCAUCUUUAAUGAAAUGAGGAAAAUCUUGACUGUAGACAGAGGAAACCUUUUGAAAUUGGAGUAGAAAUAGAAAUGGUCUUGAAAGAAAUGUGUGUCUCCUCAAGUGCAGGAAAACCCUAUAUGCAUCCUUACAUGGGUUUUUCUGUGUCAACAGCCCCCUGUUCUAAUAAUCAGUCACUCCUUAAUAAUCCAGUCACUCCUUAUGCAUAUAUACUAGGAUGUUCUUGCAAAGCCGUUCCUCUCCUAAAGCCUUGCUUUAUGAAAAUACGGUAAUAAAAUACUUCUAGGCACCAAAAGGCAUAUCCUGAACAGCUGAGUUUACCCAGUUCUGUCAUGAAAUAGAAGGUCAGAUAACAUUUGUUUAUAGUCAUCUAUUAAUAGAAAAAGGAUUGAGCUAUUUAAACAAAAGUAACCCCUUCCAGUCAUUAGCCAGAAAACUCAGAAAAGAGCUUUUGAAUGAAGAGGAUUUUCAAAAUUUACAGGCUGGUGCCAUUUUAGUUAUUGAAAAUGUGAAAAUGUGCCAGGGAUUAGACAUUUUAGGUGCCUUUUUGCAAGUUCAGAAGCUGUCAAUAUGAGAUUAGAUUCUGGCCAGAAGCUAUAUCAUCUUCAAAAGAUACUUCACCUCCCCAGAGGAUAACUGGGUAUAAUCUGAAAGAAAUAUCUGAUGUGUAUCUUUAUGUACAAGGAUUCUAUAUUUACUGACUUCCACUACCUCUUUAUACACAAGCCUCUUGUACUGUACCACAGCCUUGUGCCUGUGAGCCAAUAUAAUUACAUACUGUAGUGUUCUGUGUUUAUUUCUGGAGGUUAUUUGCUUGUAUCAUGUUUAUCUUGGGUACUGUAAUGUUUACCUGUACAACCUCAGCUCUGAGUGUGGCACAAUAAUUUCUGUAACUUCAAACUGUAUAUUAAUUUUUUCUUCAAGCAACAAAUAAAAGUAAUUUUCUUAAACUUGUGUUCAAAA